UACGGCAGAUGAUCAGUAAUGUUUUGGAUUCUUAAGGUUUUGGCAUUCAUCUUCAGCUCGACUUCAGCUAGAAGUUUUCACAGGGUUUCAAACCGCGUGAACAACAACAAUAUCUUUGAUAUAGAGGAAGACCCCCGUAUCAAAGAUUUGUGCAACAAAUGUUGUAACCCAGGAGUUUACGAACAUGGCAACGAGAAGUGUGGCCUGGCCAUCAGCUCCCACAACUUUGCGUUUGAGCUGAUGAAAAAUCUAGCAGCUGGAUCAAACGUCCCUGAAAACAUAGUCAUUUCUCCCUUCAGUGUGAUGAACAUCAUGCUCCUACUGUCACUUGGAGCCAGCGGCAGGACCCGAGAGGAGAUCAGAAGGACACUGCAAUUCCCACUUUACUUUCCACCCGAGCACGACCAUAUCCUGAUGAAGUGCGCUCUCAUGCAGUACGAUGGAGUCUCCCUUCAGGCUGCUAACGCAGUGUUUUACGACAGCCAGAAGGCUACAUCCAGACAAUCUUUCGUGGAAGAAGCUGCCAAGUACUACAACGUCAGUGUGAAGGGUGUCCGAUUUGAGGCUGAUCCUUAUCAUGCUUGGCUUAACGUCUCAGAUUUUAUCAGGGAGAGCAGCCACGGCUUCCUGGACAACGUUUUGCAAGAAACGUCCAUCUCAGAACUCCUCUUUGUCAACACCGUCUAUUUCAAUGGAACUUGGAGUUUCAAAGUACCCAGCAACGGCCAAAAAAGGAUAACUUUCUACAGAAAUUUCAGCCAUUUAAUGAGUCCAACCACGCCCAGAACUGAACGUGAAGUUGAGGCCUUCGAAGUAACCACCCCCCUGAACGUGGGAGUGCUUGAAGACUACACCAGCUACGGCGACAAGAUCCGGGUGGUUGAACUACCCUACUCUGACGAACAGUUCUCAAUGUUCAUUUUCAAAUCAGAAAAGGGGCAAAUAUCUCUGAAUUUCAUCGAAGAGACGAUCAGAAGGUGGACAAUCGGAGUCAUUAAACACUAUAAAAUGGUCAAAACCAUGGUGACAGUAACAGUACCCAAAUUCACCAUCGCCUAUCAGGCUGACGUGUCAGAAGCACUGAGUAACAUGGGGAUUAAGAAGUUGUUCUCAAGGGGAGGAGAUAGCAAUCCCGAAUUGAAUAACUUGUUCGAAGAUGACCCCAAAAUCUAUGCGGACCGGCUCCUUCACAGUGCCAAGAUCAUGGUAACGGAAGCGGGGACGGAAGCAGCAGCUUACUCUAUAGCGAGUAUAUCCCGUGGGGGAUACCUCAACACUAUCACCUUCUCACAUCCGUUCGUGUUCGUGAUCUACGACAGCUGCAACAACCUGAUACUGUUCCAGGGCCGAGUCGUGGACCCUCAAUGAGACAAACCAUAGCUAAGCUGGCAGUUUUGCAAACUGAUCCAAGCUAGCUGCUCAUCACAAAUCAGGACUUCAAACUGCAAAUCAGAACUGGCAAUUCUAGGUGAACCGUGCCACGAUGGACACACUAGAAUGUAAGAUGAAGAUUGAAGAAUCCCGCAUUAUCCUCAAGUUUAAAACUUGAAACUCAGAAAUGAGACUCUGACCUAUAAGAGGUUGUGGCUCAAACACAGCAUUGCCAGGAACAAUGGCUCACACAAUGGCGCUAAGUUGGUAGCUGAAAAUAGCGCUAAGACGUAAAUACUGGCGCCAUUGGAUGAUUACCAUUUGGUGUUUUCGGGAAGAUCGGUCGCCAGAAUCUUUUCUCCUUUGGGCUCUUUUAUCGAUAAUAUCUUAGGACUCCGCGAGUCCCUCUAGAAAACGCUUGGCAACCUUCCGUGGAAACGCCCCUGGCAAUCGGGCUAAUGUUCGACAUUUUAACUAAUUUGUUAAGUUAAAACUUUAUUUUGUCUCAAAUGAGGUACCUUAUUGUCCUUUUUCAGCAGGCCCUAAGAAAGGACACCCCGCCCUCAUGAACUAACGCGAUCGAUAUCUGGCAAAUUACUAGGGCCCGCUAAUCAACGCUUUUUCGAAACUAUGAAUUAAAUUUAAGGCAAUUUAUGCAAUUUUUUACAAAUAUUAAGGAUAGGAUUCAAGUUCAGAAAUGCACAUUUCGCGGUCUACACAUAUUUGAAUAAAAGCCCUGUGCAUUAAAAGGACUACAUAAAACAAUUCACCUAAACAAACGUUAGAUAGAAAUUGUACAAUAAAGUUACUUACUCUAUUGUAUUCUCAGUAGGUUUGGCUGGGAUCGCAUCUGGACAACAGUAUCAAGUACGUCCUCCAAUUACUCCUGGCUUAGAUCUUAGAAUCCAUUCCUGAACAGAUUUAUUUGUGAUGGCGGUAUACCAUUUUGUAGGCGGCGUAUCAAGGAAGCCUUUCAAGAAUUUAGUAAGAGAGAAUUUGCAAGUUUCCUAGACAUUUAUAGAGUUUUUACUUCCGUUGGAAGUAAGUUGGGAGUUGGUUCCAUAACGUGGCUGCUUUUACCGAGUUCUCAGUCGUUAAAGCACUGUGCGUUUUUAUUAAAUGCAGGCACAAGUGGCCUUUAGGCCGUGCCGGGAGUUUCCUUGAACUGCAUGUUGAUGUCGUUUGGAGCUAUAGUCCAUUCAUCAUCUUCCAUGUAUGAUGAUGAUGUAUCAAUCUCGAGUCUCAGUGUCUCUACAGUGAGAGAAGACCCAGUUUCUGCAGGCGUUCCCAGUUAUCAAGAUUCUGGCAGCCUCCGACGAGUGUAGUGUGAACAUAGGGAAGUGCGACUUAUCUCUGAAUACGCUUAGGACCCAUGAUGUCAUCGUCCUUACUGUUUUAGCCAUUUGCUGUAUGUGGGGAGACCAGGAACAGUCAUUUGACAAGAGAAUCCCUAUGUCCCUCAUUGUUUCGGCUGGUUCAAUGAUUUCUCCGUUUAAUAAAUUGUAAUUUGUAGCAGGAGUAUUGACUUGUAAAGGGCCGUUAUCUCAGCAUUAAGGAAUUGUCCAGGCUGUAGUUCAGUAUCUCAGAUUUGGCCUCGUUAAGUUGCAAGAGGCCAUUCUUAACAGCUAGGUCAAUGAUUUUUCCAGCGAGCCUGGAAUCGUCAGAAAAUUACUUUACCAGAGCGGUAACCGCUGUACGGGUUGAUCGUCAAUGUAUAGAAGUUGGUGUACUAUUUCACAUAAAUUACUCAUUUGGGCGAUAAGGUACUCAAAUUUUAAUUAUUUUUUUGUGUUUUUAUACUUAAUGCUAGAUUUUUUAUUUGAUUGUACAUAGGUGUAGUUUUUAGCAAAACAUCCUUAAAACAGCUAUAAUCCAUCAACAAAACGAUGAUCAAAAAAAGUGAUGCUUGGUUUCUGAUGAAAUGUUUGCCAAACAGAUAGAUCUUUGAUUUCUGAUUGUUAUUAUUUGAAGUUUAACGUCUUUUGACGAUUUCAAUUUGGUCGUUUUAAUUUAUGAAUGAAAGCGAUGAAGAAAAAAAUGUUUCCAAUUCAAGAGGUGACAAUAUUCGAUCAAUUUCAAAAAAUAUUCUUUGGCGUCCUCUUGUGACCAAAACACCAAA